AUGGGUGCUGGUGCUGGAAAGAACCCAGUAGUUGGUGUGCCACUGAAUCCUCGAGUCGAAUUGGCAGACAAAGAAAGCAAGAAAGCUGGCGGUGGAGAGAGUGUUUUGAUAGAUGCCCCAGCUCUGAUAGACCUUGGUCACGGCACAGUCAGAUACAGGCGAAAUGAAGAUCAGAAGGAGAAACACGAGACGGCAGACCAGGAUGUAACCGUCAAUAAGAAGGGAUACUUCUAUCAUUCUCGUUUGGAUGAUUAUAGUGAAGCUGCCGUUGCUAGAAAAGACGACAAGUACAAAUACCGCUAUGUGUACAAGGGUGCCCCGAGCACGCGGGGGAAGAAACUCUUCUAUGUCUAUGGGAUUGGCAUGAACUCCAAGGAUGCAAGGUCGAAGGUCACAAAGCAAUACAAACCGAAGGGCAAAGGUUACAUCUGGCCAAGCUCUUUCAGGAAUCCAGCUCACUUUUACUAUGAAUUAGUUUUCAAGGAACAGGAAGAAGAAAUAGAAGAAUCAGAAGAAGAAUCAACUGACGUCCAAAGCAAAGUAGAUCCUGAAAAGAUGACAUUCCAGUUAAAGGACAGUGAUACGGUAGAGGUAUUGAAGAAGAGGGCUGCCAUCAGACUUCUCACACCAUUCUCUAAUCUUCAUAUCAGUCAUAAAGACGAUGAGUUAGGGAAUGCAGAUAACAUUGGCAAGUGUCGGACAGAAGAGCAGGGGGAAUUUGAGAGGUUCGUUGUCGAGCUCCAAAGAGUGUGAUACAACAUGAUCAUCUGUUUAUGGGUCAGAAUAUUGAAUGCAUCACAAGAGAGAUGAAUUCUAGACUUGCGGUUGUGUUUCAUAAAACUGUUUUUAAGUUACGUAUGACUUUAGAUAACCAAAAGUUACGUCAAUCUUUAUAAUUUAGUAGGAGUAAUUUUGAAGGCAAAGUUUGAAUAGCCGAUGAACCAUUUAAAGUGCAAAAUUUUUAUUUUUCACUUAUUUAGAUUCGAUUUUGAGAAUUAGGGCAAUAUUUUUUUAGAAUAUCAGGAAAACCUUUUUUGCUUUAAUACAUUUUUCAUAGCACUUCAUAUUCUUUUCAUAUGAAAAGAAGAAUUUGUCUUGCACAAUUGUAAAGGCAGUUCUAUGAAACACAUAUUGGUAAUGAUAUCUCCUAUCAUCAAUGAAAUGGAAUUGAAGUUUUGUAUUUAUUUCUCUUUCAUCCAAAACCAAAUUUUGAAUUUUGAAGAGCAUCGUUUGCAUUGAACAAUUCUAAAUGCAUGUGAAACAAUUUUCUUCGAAAUCUUAUUGCAACUCAAUUUAUAUUAAACAAACCUGCCCGCAUUUUACGGAUACUUGUUUUUCUACUUGAAGUAUGUAUAUAUUUAUGAUCAGAUAUUUAUCCGUCCAUUCUGUCUUCAUAAAUGUAAAAUUAUGUAUAUAUAUCUGAAUAUUUCUAUUUUUAUUACUGCAAGUAACUUUUUAAAAAUAGGCAUUUCAUACCUCUCCAAUCAGGAAAAUGCUCUUGAUUAAGUACCAAUAUGCUUGAUAAAUAUAUAAUGCCCAUUGUAAUAUAAGUUACUUAUUUCACACUGCAAUAGUUCUUGUAAUUUAAAAAAGUACAGUACCUUUUAUUUUUAGUGGGGUGAGGGUAUUGCCAGUUCAUUUAUUAGUAAAUAUUUCUUGAUGGUAGAGGUGUGAAAGUGCCUCUUGAUGUAGAUUUCAUUUGUUAAAUUCGUUGGAAUUCAUCAAAACUGUUGUAUCAGUCAAUUUUGGUCAAAAUAUUGAUUUUUAGAUUUUUGCAGAAGAUGAAAGUACAAGUCCUAUUCUAUUCAUAACUAAAUUUCUAGGCAGCAAUUUAUUUUAGUUUCUGAGAUAGGAGAUUUUCACGGCGAUGCCAAACAAAUUUUUAAUAAAUGCGCAAAUCCCAUUGGAAACGUGUACUGUAGCAGAGAGAUACAACGUUUUGACUGACUGCGAUUUCAAUGCGCACGGUCAACCAAACUGUCGUAUCGGCCAUCUGCACUGCAUUGACUUUGCACGUGAAAAGCGAUAUGACGUUUUGACUGACCGCGCGCAUUGAAAUCGCGGUCAGGGUUGUUGUAUCCCCUAUGGCAUUUUUGUACAGGGGGAAUCUAAAUCUAAAUUACAAGCAUGGAGCUCUUUUGAGAUAUUUUCUCUGAUCCUUGGUUUUGUGUAAAAAUAGGGGUAACAUUGCCAAGCAAUUGUCUUGGUCUUUCCAACCAUGUAUUUUUCUAGCAAUGAAUAUGUUGGAAGGCUGGAGAACUAAGUUUGAAAAUUAUAUUAAACCUAAAGUUUGAUUUUCUCUGAAAUGGGUUUGCACCUUCGUAUGUGGAUACGACGGUUCGGAUGACCGCCACUGAAUUAUAUGGUAUCAUUUGGCAUUUUUUAUGCCACAUACUUUUUCAGAUGCAAUCAGAAUUCUGACAAACUGUUUUUUAGUAAUUUAGUAAUUAAAUAAAAAUAAUAAUAUAAAUAAAUUAGUAAUUAAAUAAAUUGUCUUUACUCAUAUGAAGAACCAGAUUGAUAAGCGGAGACUUUAAGCUUUCGGAUGAUGUGUCAGUUUUUGUCUCACCUGCUAGCUGCAUAGCAGAGCGAGACUAUAGGCGCCGCUUUUCCGAUGGCGGCGGCGUCAACACCAAAUCUUAACCGAAGGUUAAGUUUUUGAAAUGUCAUCAUAACUUAGAAAAUAUAUGGACCUAGUUCAUGAAAAUUAUACAUAAGGUUAAUCAAGUAUUACUGAACAUCCUGCAUGAGUUUCACGUCACAUGACCAAGGUCAAAGGUCAUUUAGGGUCAAUGAAUUUUGGCCAAAUUGGGGGUAUCUGUUGAAUUACCAUCAUAACUUUGAAAGUUUAUGGAUCUGAUUCAUGAAACUUGGACAUAAUAGUAAUCAAGUAUCACUGAACAUCCUAUGCAAGUUUCAGGUCACAUGAUUAAGGUCAAUGGUCAUUUAGGGUCAAUGAACUUUGGCCAAAUUAGGAGUAUUUGUUGAAUUACCAUCAUAACUUUAAAAGUAUAUUGGUCUAGUUUAUAAAACUUGGACAUAAGAGUAAUCAAGUAUCACUGAACAUCCUGUGUGCAUUUCAGGUCACAUGACCAAGGUCAAAGGUCAAUGAACUUUGGCCGUAAUGGGGGUAUCUGUUGAAUUACCAUCAUAACUUUGAAAGUUUAUGGAUCUGACUCAUGAAACUUGGACAUAAGAGUAAUCAAGUAUCACUGAACAUCAUGUGCGAGUUUCAGGUCACAUGACCAAGGUCAAAGGUCAAUGGAUAUUGGCCAUGUUGGGGGUAUUUGUUGAAUUACCAUCAUAACUCUGUAAGUAUAUUGGUCUAGUUCAUAAAACUUGGACAUAAUAGUCGUCAAUUUAAGGUCAUUUAAGGUCAUUGAACUUUGGCCAUUUUAGAGGAAAUUAUUAGAUUGCUGUCAUAACUUUCAAAGUUUAUAGAUAUAGUGUAAAAAAUGUGGAUAUAGGGGUAAUCAAGUAUCACUGACAAGUUUUAGGUCACAUGAUCAAGGUCCAAUGUCAAUGAACGUACAGUAUUGUAUCAUUAUAUGAAUGGUGUUUUUUGUGAAUAAUUAUUUAAAUGGUGUUUUUCAAAGCCAGCACUGCUGCUAUAUUGAAUCGCGUGAUGCAGGUGAGACCACCAGAGGCAUUCCACUUGUUAAUCAUAUUUAUUAUAAAGUGAAAUCAGUAAUGUUUGGCUUCAUUUUUCUGGUACUCACUUUAUAAUGUCACAUUUUUGCAAUGAGCGAACCAGUAGAAAUAGUGUUCACUUGGUAUAAACUUUUGAUUUUUAACUAAUAAAUUGAUUAUUUUGUGUAGUCUUGUUGAUACAAAAUUAGUGAUAAAAUUGUUUUUUUUAACAUACUUUUACAUAUUCAUAAAAUGUGUUUAAUUAUCCCACCUCAAUGUAUAACAAUGUAGAGCUCGAGCAUUAGUAUGCAUGACAAUAAGUCAUUCUUGCUGCAUAUCUGAUGCUACUUUUAUUCAAGACAAAAUGUAAAUUAUGUAUUUUUAUUGUUUAUAAGAUCAAACUCAAUCUUCUGUACAAUUAAAUUAUGUGCACAAUAAA